GGGUCUUACAUUGUGGUCCUUAGAGAGUCAGUCAGUAGGUCAGUGUGUCCGGGUAGGUCUAAGUGGUGAGGAGUGGGACAUUGUUGUGCACCUAACACCACGAUGGAUGACUAUCCGAUGUAUGGGUUGCUUGUUGGGUGCUCCCUCUGGGGGACCCUCUGGCGCCUCCUCUUCCCUCUGGGGUUCUGGCACGCGAUGACGUGUAGAGUAGAUACCCGGGGUGGUGCUUCCACCAAGUCAUAUUCGAAGGAGGAGGAGGAAAAGAUGGCCGCCAUUCUGAGAGAGAGGAAGGAGAAGAAAGAGGCCAAGAAGAAGGCCCUACAGGAGGAGCAGGCGGCCAAGUUAAAAAAGAUAGAAGAAGAGAUGGCUAGAGAGAAGGAGAGGUUAAAGAAAGAAGAAGAGAAGUUGAAAGAGGUGGAUGAGGAAGAGGAGGAAGAUGAAACGCCACUGCAAAGAAAGAGGGGGCAGUACAGUGGCAAUAGGGAUGAUGAGAUGGAGAAACGGAUUUCAGAGUGGGUUGCCAACUUGUCCCUGGGCGAAGAAGAAGAGGUGGCGAUGUAUACACCCAAGGAUGACCAGGAAGCCGCUAUGAAAGCGUGGGCAGCCGAAGGAGAUGUCAUCAAGCGACAGGCGUUGGAAGAUGAGAAGAGGAUGGAGUGGAAGUUGGCGGUGACGAUGGAGAAGAAGAGGAGAGUAGGCGCGGCAGCGGAGGCGCCAGAAGAAUUAGAAGAGGUACAAAAGAUAGAAGAGCAAUUAUCCGCCCAGACCGAACUCCCAAACCAAAUGCGAGUCAUAGCCCGAAACGUUGCACACCUGGCACGAAUUCAGGCGGAGCAAUAUGACUUUAGUAGGAGUCAACACAUAGCUGUGCGUUCAAUAAAGUUGGGAUUCCGGGACUUUGCUCGUGAGUUGGUAGGCGCUAUAGGCAUCGAGGUCCUAAUUGCGAUCCACACGCUUAGAGAUGAGGCCGCCAGCUUUGCAAGGUCCCUAGUUCGUGCUGCCAACUGUAGUGACGAUCCAGUUGCGUACUCCUCGUUCACGUCCCUCACUGAAUUCUUGAAGCUGCUGCGCGAGCGAUUUGCUGAUGUCGCUCGUAGUGUUAAGGCCUCCGACAAGCUCCAGACGAUCCAUGCCCGUAAGUGGAAGAGUGCCAGGGCACUCAAGAGCACAAUGGACGAGUUGGUAGCUGUCCCUGACCAUGGGGUUACAGACACCCAGUUGGUCGCCCUCUUCUAUAGAGUGAUGCCCGAAGCUUUUCGCGGGCACUUCUUCGCGAAGAGCGAAGACCCUGCCACCACUUACGAUUCCCUUAGUCGUGAAGUGGUGGCCUUUGAGGCAAAAUCUGUGUCAGUUUCCACCUUCUGGCACAAAGAUUUGGAUAAGGGGAAACAAUGGAAGUGCCGCACUAUCUCUGGGCAGGUGAAGACUAAGGAUAGCCUUGUCCUAACUUUAGAUGAGGGUAGUGUGGAUGAGAUCCCCUACGUUCAGAUUGAGUGGGGGUUAGAGGAGGAGGACAGCGGUGUGGGCCAGGGGAGGACUUACGCUGCUGUCGCGGCCGGAGGGAGGCCGCAAGGAGGAGGACGAGGCCAGGGCCAAGGGGGCCGGGCCUCAGGGAGCCGGUUCCAGGGCGAUCAGGGGGUUGGCGGCAGAGGAGGAAACCCCCAAGCGGGAGGAAGGGGUCAAGGUCCCCCGCAAAACCGUCCUAGGAACAAGUCCCCUUAUAGGGCGUAUUUUCGCCUAGAGAAAGAUGGGAAAGUGGAGAAGGUUCUCCACUCCCUGACUCUCCUCGUAGAAGACAACCUCCCAUUUGAUAUUGUUCUGGGGAUGGAUUGGGGAGAGGCAGCCGGGGCCACGCUCCAUUUGAAGGAGCACGAGUGUAGGCUCCCUAGUUCUUCAGGCGAGGCCAAGAUUGCCCGCAUGUUCCAUGUGUCAGGAGUAGAGAAUCCCUUGGCACAUUGCUGCCUUAGUGCCCCUGCAUUCGCCAGAUUAGUAAAGAAGGAGAAAUUGGAGGAACAAGUCUUUAUUGCCUAUGUUAGGCCAAUGACUGAGCCUACGGAAGACAAGCCGAUGGACCCUGCGAUUGCCAAGCUGCUGGAAGAGUUCAAGGACCUAACUGAGCCGCCGAUAGGAGUGGUGCCGCAGCCCAUCCAACACCGUAUUGAGAUAGAGCCUGGUAGUAGAACUCCUAAGGGUGCUGUGUAUAGGAUGUCCCCGCGGGAGUUAGAGUUGCUUCGCAAGCAGUUAGACGAGCUCCUUGAAAAGGGUUGGAUUAGGCCUAGUUCCUCUCCGUUUGGAGCACCUGUUCUCUUUGUUCCUAUGAAAGAGGGAGAGCUAAGGAUGUGCAUAGACUAUAGGGGUCUGAAUGCUAUUACAGUGAAGAAUGCUGAGCCACUGCCUAGGAUAGACGAUCUCUUAGAUCGAGUGCAGGGGGCGAAGUAUUUCUCCAAAAUAGAUUUGAAGUCGGAUAUCAUCAGAUAGAAGUGCAUCCUGAUGAUCAGUAUAAGACCGCCUUCCAAACUAGAUAUGGGCACUAUGAGUUCAUAGUGAUGCCCUUUGGACUAACCAAUGCGCCAGCUACAUUCCAGCGUUGUAUGAACGAUUUGUUUAGGCCUUGGUUAGAUAAAUUUGUUGUUAUCUA